UCGACUACAAGUCUAUUACUGAAAAGGUCACCUGAAACGGGUUCAUUUGAAUGAUUACUGACAUGAAGUGAUACUAAAUUUGAACAAUUUAGCACUAAAAGUGCCCGAUUCGUUGCGAAAUAUGGUAGGAUUAAGUAAAAAACAUCAGGAUCAGAGGGAUCUUUUAGCUGGGCUGAAAGAAAUGAGCAUCGGUAAUCGAUCUGAAACUGCUGCCCUUCAGCAUGUUAAGAAGAACAUUGAAGCUUUCGAUGUUCAUAAUGGCAUAAAAGAAAUCGAUCUACUCUUUUUAAAAGCACUAAUGGAUAGUCCAGUUUUACAAAAUUUAAUGAAGGUACAAGAUCGUUUAGAAAAUCCACCAGAAUUACCAAAACCGGUGUGUUUUAAUUGUGCGGAAACAUCACGAGAUAUCAUCACACUUUGUACUAAAAUAAGAAAUAGAGAUACUAAAGAAUUAUAUGACUUAUUAAGAACCCCCUAUUUAAAAUCGCUUUUAACGAUUCACGACGAUAUCGCGAAAAUCUCGGAAAUGCCGAACGCGGAGAAAGAUUCUCCCGAUGUGGAGACUUUGCCCGAAUUUAACGGAAAUGGCGAAACUAUUAGAAUGGUUGGAUUGAGAAAGAAACAAGGACAACCUUUGGGUUUAACCGUGCAAGUUGAUGAUAAUGAAAAUUUAACCGUAGCCAGGAUAUUAGAAGGGGGAAUGAUUGAUAAACAAGGAUUAUUACACAUUGGUGAUGUUAUCUUAGAAGUUAACGGUGUUCCUGUUUAUACUCCAGAAGAUUUACAAUCCGAAAUUGCCAAAGCUAAGGAAUCCGUAUCUUUAAAAGUUGGACAAACCGAUGGAGCCUCAACACACGCUUCAUUAAUUUCAAACGGAACAUCCAAAAAUGGAACAACUAAAAAAUUAACCUGUUACAUGAGAGCUUUAUUUGAAUACGUACCAGAAGAAGAUACAUUACUCCCAUGUAAAGAAAUCGGUCUCAGCUUUAACAGAGGAGACAUCCUCCAAAUUGUCGAUCAGAAAGAUCCAAAUUGGUGGCAAGCAAAGAAAGUUAACGGUGAUGGGAAAGUCGGUUUAAUUCCAUCAAUUGAAUUAGAAGAAAGACGAAAAGCUUUUGUUCCGCCCGAUUACGACUACGUUCACAAAAUUAGUAUUUGCGGGGCAAAAAUAUCUAAAAGGAAAAAGAAAAUAAUCUACAAAUCCAAAGCAAGCAGCGAUUUUGAUAAAGCCGAAUUAUUACUUUACGAAGAAGUUACGAAAAUGCCACCGUUCAAAAGGAAGACUUUGGUUUUGAUUGGAUCGCAAGGGGUUGGAAAAAGGACCAUUAAAAAUCGAUUGGUUAAUAGUGAUAGUUCUAAAUUCGCUGGGGUUAUUCCAUAUACAACAAGGCAACAAAGAGUUUUAGAAGAAAACGGACAAAGUUAUUGGUUCGUAUCUAGAGAAGAAAUGGAAAAUGAUAUUAAACAUCAUAAAUUCUUGGAAUAUGGGGAAUAUAAUGGAAAUUUUUAUGGGACACAUUUGGAUUCGAUACGAGAUGUUAUUAAUUCGGGAAAAAUGUGCGUUUUAGAUUGCAGUCCACAAUCGUUAAAAAUCCUUCAUAACAGUUCGGAAUUUUUGCCAUACGUCAUUUUUAUAGCUGCCCCAGGAAUGGAACAUUUAAAAACUUUAUACGACGUAGGAAGAAGCACUACGAAUUUACGAUAUUCCAGUAGAAACUUAGCGGAGGAUGAUUUGAAGAAAACUUUAGAAGAUAGCGCUAGCAUGCAAAGAAUGUACGACAAAUAUAUCGAUUUGGUCAUCACAAAUAAAGAUUUCGAUUCGACAUUUAGACAAGUUAUUGAAGCUUUGGACAAUCUAACCACUGAGCAUCAAUGGGUACCGGUUAAUUGGAUUUAUUAACUGCCAUAUAUUAAAGAAUCUCAUCUUCGCACACGAAUACAGCGAAAAUAGUGAUAAACAAAAAUGGAAUUAGAUUAGAUUUAGAUUUAUUUAAGAUUUACUAAUAUUAAUUUUUAAAGUUAUAAAAACUUAAUCAUAUACAAGAUAAAAAUGUACAAAUAUAUAAUAUGUACAGAUUUAAUAAAAUAGAGACGUUAAGCUUUAGAUUGUAUCCACACUAGAAAAGUCUGAUUUUGAGAAUAUAUAUUUUUACAUCACCAAGAAAUCACCUAAAAAUGAAUGUAAAAUCAUUUAUAUUAUGUAAUCUUUCUGUUAGAGUAACAAUAACAUCUUUAUUUAAGCUACACAUGUAGAAUUUAGCAGCAACAGAAAUAAAUACGGACGAAUAAGUUUAAUUCUAAGUUAAGCUUGAUGCAAAAAGAAAAUGUAAAUACAUUCUUCUGCGAGUAAAAACGUACUACAUCAGUUAAAAAUUAUUUUUUAUUAAAUACUUUUUAUUCUAGAUUUUCUGUUUUUUAAGUAAUAAUUAAUUGUUAUUUAAUUUUAUAUAGUGCUAUAUUAUUAUACGAUUUUUUUACAGAAUAUACUCUAUCGCUAACCGUCCAUGUGUUCAGGGAUAUCGUUCAAUUUUAAUAUUUUUAAUUAUCAAAUUAUCAUUAACUUUUGUUAUCAUUCUAACACUAGUUUAGAUGGUACUCUUUUAUUGUAGUUUAUGUAUUUUGCCCUGAUUUUUAUAUCAUCAUGUAUAAAGGUAAUAAUAAAGACUUAAUUAUGUUAA